AUGGCAGUGGAUGACAAGGCAAAUGCACAACAAGAUCAAAAGCAACAAAAUGCACCUCCUGCACAGAACAAACCCCCUGCACCCACUCAAAGUGAUCAGAUUGCCCCAAAGGGAGAUAAUGCAAAUAAGAAACCCGAAAGUAAUGCUCAAAUGGGCGACAAACCCCCAAGUACUGCUGAUUCUAGCAAAGCUCCUGCAAGUCAAAAAACUGAUAGCAGUGCUCAAAAGGGGGAUAAACCCCCAAAUACAGCGGAUUCAAACAAACCAACUACUCAGAAAACCGAUGAUAGCACUCCAAAGGGAGACAAACCCCCAAAUACUGCUGAUUCUAACAAACCGCCGGCAGCAGCGGGUCAAACGGACCAAUCGGCCCCUCAAGGGGGCAAUACUGGCCCCGCAACAGGAGGGGAUAAGACUAACUAG